AUGGUAGACCCGGUUCCGGCAGCGCUGGCGACGCUGCGGCAUGCCUUGACACAAGAUGAAACGGCUCUGCUCGAAGCGCUCAGGCACACACGCGACCUGAUCGUGGGCCAUAAACAACGCCAGGCUCGGCUUCUGGUCGCUUUCGCCGCAGACAGGGAAGCUGCCGGCCUCGUCCCCAUCGGCCAGCUCAAGUCUGUGGCUCGCCUGUUGGCCGUGGACGCCCUGGCCCAUGCCCCCGCCCAAAACAUGCUUGAGACGAUGCAUGCCAGAUGUACAGAACUGCUGGCCAGUGAUUUACGUCUUCCCCACGUUCGCCAAUCCUGCGAGACUCUCCUGCUGCUCGCCCGCGGCUCUGACUUGCACAACGAGCCCGUCCAGGAGCUCUGCCAUCACGUCAUCACCAGCCUCAGCCCCCGCCUCGUGCAGCUUUCCCAUGCUGAAAUUGCUCUCUUGGACCUUGCACUCAAUGCUUUGCCCACUCCCGAAAGCCAUGGCGUUCUGCCCCUGACCUCAGAAGACCUCAUGCAGAUGAUCAUGGCCUCAGUACACCCCGACCUGACUCUCACACUCUGCCACCUAUGUGUCAGCCAUGCACAACAUCUGCCACCUCAGGGAUCCCCACCGCCCAUCACAGCCCUCCACAUUGCGCCCCGACCACACCAACGGCCAGGAUCGGCUUCCCUCGAAGUGGAGCUCAUCGAGUCAAUCGCCCGUGGCCUCUGCCAGGCUUUUGACCGGUGUUCGACCGAUGCCUCCGCCCCACCCAUGAUCCGGGAUAAGCGGUGGUCCUCCGAUAUACACACUCGCUCUUCGUCCAAUUUGAGUGGCAGUGUGCAUGCACUUCGCCCCGAGCCCCUGACCACGCUCGUCGAGGCUGACAUUUGUCUCAGGCCAGGAGACGUUCAGGCCAUUUUGCAGUCUUGUCAAAUGGUGCUCGAACAGGGUCUUUUGCCCUCGGCGGAUCUAACCCGAAUCAUCCUCAAGCUUCAGCCCAAGGUCUCAGCACCUCCGUCACUGGCGCUUGCGUGGCUAAACGCCAUGUCCCGGACCUGUCGAUACCUGGUCAUAGUGCGGACGCGGCUGGCCAAUUCAACCGUGCCGGUGCACGUCCUCGCCCUGCUUGAGGAGCAUGCCGAGGAUCCUCUCAUCGUGAUUGCCGCGCUCCGUGUGGUGGCAAACAUGGCGGGACAUCCUUCGUGUCUCAAGAGUGUGCUCAUUGGACAUCGCCUAUUAGACCUUGUCAUGCCCUAUGUCACGAGCACACGGCUUGUUGAGCGGGAGCUCUGCCUCAGUGUAUUUGCUAACCUUUUUCACGAGUGUACGGACCGCAAUCUGGACACUGCUGUGGCCUACUUGGCCACGCGUGUUCUUCGCGACAUGCACGACCGCGUGGACAGCCACACCUUGCUAAUCGAGCAACCUGCGUCAGUGAAGCAGCAGUAUCUUCGAUUUUUGACCAAUGUCAUUUGCUCCGUCUGGCGCGAAGGGGUGCCUUUGCUAGAUGAUUGCAUCGCAAGCCUGGGCCCGAACUUCUUGACCGAUCUGCUCACGAUUGUCAAGACAGAUACAAACCCCAUUGUACUGCGUCCCGCACUGAAAUAUCUGGCUCAAGCCUACCAGGGAAGUCAUCAAGCCCAACACGAAAUCGCACAAAACGGCCGGAGCGUGUUGGACACACUCAAACGCUGCCUAUUGCUACCAGAUACUGGUUUGCAACUUGCCAGCUUGCACCUCAUUGAAACACUGACUGGACUCGUUGAUUACAGCUAUGGUGAAGUCAAGCAAGAGAGCCUCCAAUCCAUGGCCCAACACAUCCGCGACGCCGAUCUGAGUGCAGCCCUUCGCCAAUACCAGGACGCCUGCACCCACAUAGAGUGCCGCGAUCGCUGUCGUGAUCUGCUCCAACGCCAAAAUGCCCUCCACCAAAGCACCUUCACCAGCAUGGAUGUCGAGUCGGAGUGGACAGAGUAAUCGAAUCCACGAUUGCCG